AUGAGCGUGUCACUUCUAAAUUCUGCUGAAGAUUUAAAUGAAUUUCUCAAGUCUCAAGAAUUAUUGGUUAUACAUUUCUUUGCACCUUGGGCUGAGCAAUGUAGUCAAAUAAAUGAUUUAUUCGACACUUUGGCUGUAGCAGAUGAGUACAAAAAAGCUAAAUAUGCAAAACUCGAAGCUGAAAACUUCCCUGAUGCUUCUAUCCAGUAUAAAAUCACCGCGGUGCCAACAGUAGUGUUAAUUAAAAAUUCAAAACUGGUCGACAGAGUUGAUGGAGUCAAUCCUGCGUUAAUUGGAGAAAAAAUAACAAAGCACUUAUCUAGUCCCUCGGCAGCUGAUGAAAUUUGCAAGCCAGCUAGUCUGGAAGAGCGUUUAAAGCAAUUGAUAAACAAGGCUCCGUGUAUGUUGUUCAUGAAAGGUGAUCGUGUUACUCCAAGAUGUGGAUUCUCCAGAACAAUUGUUGGGAUAUUGGACUCUUUUAACACAGAUUACCAAACGUUCGAUAUUCUUCAAGAUAAUGACGUGAGAGAGGGCUUGAAAAAAUUCAGUGACUGGCCUACUUACCCUCAACUGUACGUUAAAGGUGAAUUGAUAGGAGGUCUUGAUAUUGUUAAAGAAAUGAACGAAAAUGGAGAAUUAGAAAGCAUGCUACCUAAAAAAUCGACGUAA